AUGGCCACAGAGCCCCUGCGCCCAGCGCUGCCCGCGGCGGGGCGCCCCGAGGGCGGGCGCGGGCGCUGCGCGGGCGGCGGGCGCGGCGAGGCGGAGGAGGAGGCCGCGGCCCAGCCGGCGCUCGGCGCCUCCCCGGGCCCCGCGGUGGCAGCGGCGGCGGCGGCAGUGGCGGGGGGCCGACGGCGGGGGCUGAACGGCUGCGUGCCGCUGUCGCACCAGGUGGCCGGGCACAUGUACGGCAAGGAUAAAGGCGGUAUACUGCAGCAUCCAGAUGGGACUGUCCUGAAACAGUUGCAGCCACCACCUCGCGGUCCCAGGGAGCAGGAGUUCUACAACAAGGUUUAUGACUCCAACUGUUGUGACAGCGUUCUUCUGGAGCUGCGGGAGUAUCUGCCAAAAUACUUUGGGGUCUGGUCACCACCUACUGCACCAAAUGAUACGUAUCUAAAACUGGAAGAUGUGACCCGUAAGUUUAAUAAGCCUUGCAUAAUGGAUGUAAAAAUAGGUCAGAAAAGUUAUGAUCCGUAUGCUUCAGCUGAGAAGAUACAGCAGCAGGUCAGCAAGUACCCACUGAUGGAAGAGAUUGGCUUUUUGGUACUUGGCAUGAGGGUUUACCACGUCUCUUCUGACAGCUACGAGACACAAAACCAGCACUAUGGAAGGAACUUGACAAAGGAGACCAUAAAGGAGGGCAUCUCCAAGUUUUUCCACAAUGGGUACUGCUUGAGAAAAGAUGCGAUAGCUGCCAGCAUUCGGAAGGUUGAAAAAAUUCUGGAGUGGUUUGAGGGCCAGGAGCAACUCAACUUUUAUGCAAGCUCCUUACUGUUUGUUUAUGAAGGCUCGUGCCAGGCAACAACCAUGCGGCUGAGCGACGUCACCUUGGCGGAGAAGAGAGGAGUGCCCAAAGGCCUGUUGUCAGGUGGAGACAUACUGGAGUACAAUAAUAAUAUUCACGUAAUAAGCGCUACGGAGAACGGGAAGAUUGAGGCCUCUGUCGGUAAAGGCUUGUCCAAAUUUUACGCACUUCACAAAAAGGCCUACUCCAAGAGGCCCCACAGCCAGCUCUCGUUGAAAGUUGAGACCUUGGAGCAAGAUGUGUGGAAAAGCAGCGCGUGCAUCGCCCAGGAGCACCUGAACGGGAACGUCCUACCCCAACUGGAAAAGGUUUUCUGUCACAUGCCAGCGGAGCUGAAGGAGACUCCAGCCGUAGAAGUCCGCAUGAUAGAUUUCGCUCACGUCUUUCCGAGCAACACGAAGGAUGAGGGCUACAUUUAUGGUCUGAAGAAUUUAAUCACAGUACUGCAAAGUAUUUUGGAUAACUAAAUUCUUUGCUAUGUUUUUGUUGGUUUGUUUUUGUUUUGUUCUGUUUUUUUUUACCGGGGGCCAAUGAUAAAAAGAAGAGCAACAACAUGAAGAAUUUCUGCACUUGUAAUGCUGUAUAACUGGGUUUGUAUUGUUCUAUACUUUAUUUGUCUUUGUACUUUUGGUAGAAGGGUUUAACUUUUUAUAAUCUCACUCAGGAAAAUAAUUGAUAGUUAAUUAGGGAGUGUGAAAGGAUGACGAAGAUACUUGAGAUGAAGCAGGAUAGGUGAAUUAGCAGAAUGAAAUGUACGUGGUUGGCUUACAUCCGAGGAGUCCAAAAAGCAAGGGUUAGCUUAGUUCCCUAAGGACGAAGCGUUUGCCCACCUAGCCUUGACACUGAGCCGUAUCUCCAUUAGCAGGUCUUUAGACCACGGACUGAAAACUCUUUCAUCAGCAGGAUUGAUGUCCUCAGUACUGCCCUCUUGUGUUUACUGUCCUUCAAUAACUGGAGUUAAUCCUACUCGGAGCAGUGGUGUUCUGAGUCAGUAGCCUAGCCUGGAAGCCAGUCUGUCAGAAAGUGCUUUUCCAUGUCACGGGACAAUGUUGCUGUUCUUUCAGCCCUGCUGCGGGCGCUUCCCCUCAUGGUGGUUGUCCAGAGCCGACGUUCACCACAGACAAGCUGCAACCUAAUUUGUGUUGAGGUGCUAAGAAAAAGCUGGAGUAAAAUACCCUAACAGGCUUAAACUGCACAACUGCUAGAGAAACUGGUCCUGAGAAAGAGUAAAAGAAUGCAGACGUGAUAUGUUCCAGGAAUUUGGUUUUAGGGGAUGAAGUCAGUCUGGUAAUGGAGUGUCUGAUGUGACUGAGGGCAAUACCUCGCUCCUUUGUUCGGAUGGCCCUUCUCCAACAACAUUGCUUCUAAAAGCCAACUGAUCAAAUGGGGAAACAAAGCCUUUUGAGUAAGCAUACAGAGAGAUGUCCUCUAGCCCUUGGCCCCUCAUCUUUUUGCAACAAGCAUUUCAACAUUUCCACUGCUGGGGAGCACUGGCUGGGAACGACGAGCAAUACAGGUGAAGGACCCUUUGAAGAUCCUGUUCAGCCCUGAAGCAACCAGACGUACCUCCGUGUGUUGCGGUGGAGUUGUGGCUCUCUCACCUUGGGCUAAAGCCAGCUCUUUAAUAAUGUUCUUUUAAUGACACACAGGCAAGCUGUGUAAUUUAAAAGUUAUCCCACUUCUUUCUUUUUCACUGGGAAAAUUUAAGCUUUCAUAUGGAAUGUUUGAGGUCAGGAGGAUGUAUCCAAAGCAUUUUUUUUUUUUUGGUGUGUCUCUUCUGUAUGCUGUGCAUGUGGCCGUCCUACCAUGCGUAUAUAGUCAGCUAUAGGAAAAGUUGGGACAGAAUGUGUCUUGCCAUCCUUUUGAUGCUUUAAGCAAGCCCCCAAAAUAGCACUUUUUAGAAUGGAUUUGAUCAGUGGAAACAUGCAUCUUGUACAUAUGGACAUGCUGUGGCAUGGUGGCCUUGCUGCUCUUCCUGUCUGAUGUUCUGCACUAUGCACUCAUUUGGGUUCAUGUCUUCGCAAGUUCUCCAUCUGACAUGUUUUGUAUAUCAGAAAGAGAGAAACACUUUUUCAAGCAAAUAAUGCUGUUUGAGAAGCUGGGUUGAUUGGAAGAAACAGGGUAUUCUGCGUGGAACUUUAUUGUUUAAACUCUAAAGCUAAUAUUGGCUAAACUAGUGAAGAAUUAAACCAAUCUGGUAGUACCAUAAUGCUUUUGAAGCACAGGAAAAGAUGCUUGCAGGAGGGGCAGAGAAUCGUUUUGUUGGAAAUUUUAUGCUGUGGGGGAAAAAAAAAUCUCAGGAGGAGAAAGUAUCUUAUUUUUUUCUUCAACCUCGUAUUUUCAUUGCUCCAUAUAAUUAAGUUAAUGUAUUCCCAGCACUCUGUGAACUAAUUUAAGCCAUAUUCUAGAAGGAGUUUGUAGUUUCCUUUGCUUUGACAAAGCCAGUUUCUCUGUUAGAGUUUUGUUGUUCUAGCUCAUAAAUAGUCAGUGCUAGAUUAGUCUGGGCUGCGAGUGGCCUCGUGUGGUGAAUUCACAAAUGUUUUAUAGGAAAUGGGGGGGGGGGGAGGGA